AUGGUCAAAAUCGCAAUCGCAGGCGGUGCUGGAAACGUAGGGCAAGAGUGCAUCGAUGCUCUUCUCGCCACGAAGAAGCACGAGAUUGUGGUUUUCACACGCAAGGAUGUCCCCGCCGAGACAACCGACUCGCCCGUCAAACUAGUGAAAGCCAACUACGAAGACGUGGCUGAACUGACUAGUCAUCUACAAGGCGUAGACGUAGUACUAUCUUUCAUCGCGCCACUGGACCUGCAACAAGGGGUUACCUUCCAGAAGAAUCUCAUCGAUGCCUCAAUCAGGGCUGGUGUAAAGCGUUUCGUACCCAGCGAAUGGGUCUCAUCUACCUUAGAGCACACGCCGUGGUAUUCGUUCAAGGACACGAUACGCGAAUACCUAGCCGAGAUCAACAAAGACAGAAAAGUCAUCGAGUACACUCUUUUCCAGCCUGGUCUCUUUUCCAACUACUUAACCGUUCCAUACAAGUCAGCCAAACAUCUCACGCCGCUCCGGAUGAUUUACGAUUUCGAGAAUCGUAGGGCCAUCAUGCGAGAAGGCGGGGAUGACGAUACCAUCGUCUUGACUACGGUACAAGAUCUCGCCGGCGUUGUCGCGCGGGCAAUCGAUUACGAGGGCGAAUGGCCGGUCGUGGGCGGCAUUCGAGGCUCGCGCAUCUCCAUCAAGGAGCUCAUUGCUCUUGGCGAAGAAAUAAGAGGUGGACCCUUUGCCAUCGAAAGACUCUCCAACGAGGACUUGAAAAACGGGAACUGGACUGCCUCCUGGUUACCGGAAUUUGAACAUAAUGCCGUCCCACCGGCGAUGGCUGGGGAGAUGGCAAAAAUGGUACUGAUUGGCUUCACUAAGGCUUUUGGGGCAGGUGCCUUCGAUGUGGGAGAUGAAUGGAACCGAUUGUUGCCCGAUUAUGAGUUCACGGAUGAGUUUGCGGAUGAACCGAAUGAGAACAAGAGAGGAGAUGCUGGAUUAGAGACGCGUUUGGGUCGGGUGGAGACGUUGCUUGAGCGACUUAUUGGAUCGUCGACAGACAGGCGCCACGACAUUGCUGACGAGUAUCCGGGAACUGCAGUCCUGGAGAGACUGAGGAGCACAAUAGAUCACACAAGAAACAUCAACAUCACAUCAUCCACCUCCACAGAAACCACAUCAUCGAUUACAGAUCUAUCGCAACAACCAGAACAAGCACUUGGCGAUAUAUACACUGGUAUAUCGCGAGACCUCGUCGCAGCAUGGCCCACAGCCCAAGAUAUCGACUACAUCUGCAAGCUACCUGUCAGCAUCUCCACGCACAUGCACAUGAAAUUAACGACAUCCUCUGCCAAUCUGAUGAACCAGGUUCCAGAUAGCCCACGAACGAUAUUGCAGCUACCACCACCAGGAUCGCAUCCAGUACUGAUAGCGCGGAAACUCCUUCUACUCAGCAACAUAGUGCAGGGCGCACUAUCCGAUGACUGUAUACCCAGAAGCCAGCGUGAGCAUCUCAGUAAAGUCAUGGCACAUGCCAUGGACACAGCAACACGGCUGGUGACAUCCAAUGACGAGCUAACCGCCUCUGUCGAGGGCGUCGAAUGCAUCAUGAUCGAAGCCAUCACCCAGAACUACGCUGGGAACCUGCACCGCGCGUGGCUGACUGUGCGCCGCGCCGUUGCCGUAGCGCAGAUGUUGGGUCUGCAUCGUGGUAAUGCUAAGCGAGCUUCUAUCAAGGUGAUGGAUCCCAAGACGCGCGAGGGCCUCGAUCCAGACCAGCUGUGCUGUCGUAUUGUGGAGAUGGAUCGCUACCUCUCGUUGACACUGGGGCUGCCGCAGUCUUCGCUGCAGACAGUCGGGCUGAGCGCUGAAGUUAUAGCAAAGUGCCAUCCGCUGGACCGCAUCGCGAGGCUGCAAUGCGUCAUUGGCGAUCGUAUAUUGGCGCGUAAAGUAGGAGAGCCGCGCGAUGUUACGGAGAAAAGGGUCCGGGAAAUUGACGACUUGUUCAAGGAGGUGACAGAGCUGAUGCCGUCGGACUGGUGGCUUAUUCGAGACUUUGACAACAAGGACGGGGGCGAUUCGGACCCAAUGCAUGAGGUUACAAGGAAUAUGUAUCAGCUGUCGCACUUCUACCUCGUUAUACGCCUGCAUCUACCGUAUGUCCUUCGCUCGUCGGGCGACGAUAGGUGCGAAGAAAGUAAAGCGACAGCUGUGCAUGCUGCCCGCGAAAUCAUGAGUCGAUAUAUCGCGUUUCGCAAGUGGAAACGCGGUCCGUAUUAUUGCAGAGGAGUCGACUGUCUGGCUUUCGUCGCCCUCAUGGUGCUGUGUUUGGCCCAUAUCGAUUCGCAGAACCAAUCGAUGAUUCGGCACAAAGCACUUUUCGAUCAUAGCCGUCCGAGCGAUCGCGCUUUGAUGGAGCGAACGGUCAAGGUAUUGGGGGAGAGGAGCGACGAUGCUCUCGCCACGAAGCUAUCGAGUAUCAUACAGUAUCUUCUCGACGCCGAAGCGGCAUCGGCAAAUGGGACUGGCUACAACACUUCGGCUAGUGAGACAGACGAUGGGAUGGCGACGGAGUUUGAUGGCCAGUUCAUGGACGCUGAGAAGGCGGUCUUGCAGCUUCACUUACCGUAUUUUGGCACCAUCAGCCUACAGCGCAGGCUAGCCUCCGAUAUCCCGUUGGCUGAGGAGAUGCUGUCUAUUCAGGUAGCUGACCAGACACAGUCAUCACUCACGGAGUGGGACAAUCGGUGGUCGUUCCUUGAUUUGUCGAACGAUGCGGAGGCGCUUGAUGACUGGACACUGCAGAGCAUCAACGAAGGUCUUUUCGGGGGACUGCUUGGCGUGCUGGGAGACGUGGAUUUCGACCCUGGGCUGCCUGCAGAUAUAUAG